GCAGUGCGCCUGCGCCAGCCUUCAACGCUUUCCGGAAGGAGUUUUGACCCGCCCAGGGUGGCGUCACGACCGAGUUGCCAUGGCGCUGCUGAACAGUCUGGCUUCCUCGCUGGAGUCUUACAGGGGCAGAGACCGCCUGAUCCGGACACUGGGGUAUUGCUGCCAGCUCGUCGGUGGAGUCCUAGUGGAACAAUGUCCCAGCAGGUCUGAAAUGGGAAGACGCUUGCUGGAGGUGUCAGCCCAGCUCAGCCACUGCAGGACUGUCUUGCGACUCUUUGAUGACCCUGCCAUGUUUGUCUACACUAAGCAGUAUGGCCUGGGGACAGAGGAGGAGGACAUCUUCAUCCGAUGGUUGUCUGUCCUGAGUAACAUGGCUGACCAGCUGUACUAUCCAUGUGAGCAUGUCGCCUGGGCUGCUGAUGCCAAGGUCCUCCAGGUGGACUCUGCUCGGUGGUGGACCCUGAGCACAGCCCUCUGGGUUCUCUCUCUGCUCCUUGGAGUUGUCAGGUCUUUCUGGACAGCACUGAAGCUAAGACAGACAUUGCAGAGCCCCACAGGCACCUUCACCAGCCAGUUGCCCAGAAGCAAGCGGAGGGCCAUGGAAGCAAGGAUGUGGUCAGAGGUCUUAACUCUACUCAGCAACCUGGCUGACCUGGCAAACGCCGUGCACUGGCUGCCCCGAGGUGUCCUAUGGGGUGGCCACUUUCCUCCUUGGCUGGUGGGUCUCAUGGGUACCAUAUCCUCCCUCCUCAGCAUGUAUCAGGCUGCCAGGGCUGGCAGCACAGCUGAGGCAGACAGCUCUUGAUGAGGCCCUGGAGCGGCAGGUAGAAGACACUGUGGGUGAUCAACAAAGGGCUCAGAUUCCCAGAGUGGGAGUCACUGGCCAGAGGUGCAUCCAGAAUUGUGUACUCCAG